UUUCUGUAAUCACUGAUGCCACGGAAAUCUGGAACUUUGUAUAUUCUCUUGGUCUUAUUACAGAGCCUGAGGCCAAGAUGGAUUUCGUGUAUAUGGAUCUUUCACUGCGCACUUGUCGGGACUUACUAGAAGAGCAUCGGCCGAGCGUGGAUAUCCUGUAUGUGUGUAUAUAAGGUCGAAUUAAUAGGGCACUACAACUUCUGUGAAUCAGAAGUUUAGAAUGUCUAACGACCCCCCAUCUCCCGUAUCCUCACCACUUUCUUAUCUUGAGCUCGUCAAGAUAUGCGACAAUUUUCGCCUACCACCUAACUUUGGCUCUUCUGAUGUCUUUCAGAAGCCUUCCGACACAGACUCUUUCGUGCCCUGGACACUAUCGCAAUCUCCAGGAAGUCCUGCUGUUGGGCUCUUGAGGCUCGACAUAGUAGAUCUCCUUCGAAAGGAGAAACCUGGGACAUGGGUCAUUCCAGAACCUCAGGCCGGGUACCGUGUCAGCUUUGAUGCAUCAGUCAAUACCCCGAGAAAGCGCACUGCAGUGCUGAAAGAGCUCUGUGAGCGCUGGCGCGACACUGGUGCAUUCCCUGCGAGCAUCGGGCCCCGAAAAUGGCGGAACGAGAUGUACCCUGUGUACCGGAAUCCCUUUGGAGUGCACGACUACUAUCCUGAGAAUGAUUCCGACGAGGGAGGAGGAAACUACGCCUUUCAGAUGGAGCGCGCUGCGUGUGCUCUUUUUGGUGUCAUAACCUAUGGAAUACAUAUGACUAUCUAUCAAGGGAUAGCUAGCAGCCCACAAGUGAAGAUUUGGGUUCCGACGCGGGCGAAGACGAAGCAAACGUGGCCGAGCUGGUUGGAUAAUAGUGUUGCUGGCGGGAUACCCAGUGGCAUGCCUGUUUUCGAGAGCCUCGUCAAGGAGUGCGAGGAGGAGGCCAGUAUGGAAGCAGACAUCGUGAGGAAUCAUGCGAAACCCGUCGGAGCAAUCAGCUAUUUCUUCAGGAACAGAAUGCACUUCUUGCAACCAGAGGUCGAAUACGUUUACGAUCUUGGAGUACCACAUGAUACUCCGUUCCAGCCCCGUCCAUUAGACGGUGAAGUGGAAUCUUUUGAUUUGCUAUCGCUGGAUGAAGUAAAAUCAAAGUUGAGGCAGGGAAUCUUCAAGCCCAAUUGUGCUGCCGUCCUCAUCGACUUCUUUAUCCGACAUGGCCACUUGACACCUGAUGAUGAGCCCGAUUAUAUGGAGAUUGUCUCAAGAUUACAUGGGAGAUUUGAAUAUGAAAGAUGGUGCUGACAAGUAUGAUAGGCAAACGUUUGUUGCAGCGUUACAACAACUACGACAUAGAAUUCGUGUGCUGUAUAUGAUUAGAUGUCAGUGUGUGGAGAGUCUCUGAAGACAAUGAAGUUCAAGAUAGAUCCACAGACUGGUACAACCGUAAAUGGAAAUGGCUAGCACUUUACAAAGUUUACAUAAAUUCGGGCCUUAGGAUUUUGCCGCAUCACUGCCGCAUCCGUGCUGCACCCUACACAACAAGUGUCUU